UCAUUCUCACUAUGACUAUCCUACUAUUCCAACUAUUCUCAUUAUCACAUAACUAAUUUACAAUUACUACUAUGGACACUAUUACAUAACUAAUUGACAGCCCACCAAAAUCGUUAUACUUUCACGUGACAGCUUUUUCACAUCUUUUGCUUUUUCUUGUGAUUUUAUUUCUAUUCUGCUGACAGUUUCCUUCAUAGGCCAAGCCUUUUUAUAUUUUAACACAAUUUCAUUAUUCCUGGAUGAUAAUAUCAUAUUUUGGGUUGAAUAACUUCACUUAAGAUGCUUUUUUUUUUUUGUGAAGCUCGCAAUUCAUAAACCAGAAAAGGGAGGUUUACCUGUUUGUUUAUCUAAGCAAAGAGCAAUUUCAAUGCUGUGCUUCGAUAUUUGAUUAUUUUCGAAAUGCAAUUGACUGACAAAACAACAGUUGCCACAAGUGAGGAGGAAGGGAAAGAGGAGGUUGAAAAGGGGCAACGUUGGUCGUGCCCAUUUCCUAGUCGGUCCACUUUCUUCAACAAGGAAACUAAGAUGGGCCUGGCACACAGAUUAUGUGGGCCUUCUAUUUCACAAAAAGGUCCAAAACAGUUUUUAAUCUAAAAGUCAGGCCCUAGGUUAUCCGGCUUACAACCCAGUACCAAGGCCCAAGGUUAUCAAACGACAGCAGUUAAGCUGAAAAUUUUUGACGCUCUGCUUCGAUUGAAAGAAACUGAAGUAGGGCCUCCAAUUUCCAUUCCAGGUCUAGAAAAUGAAAUUGUAACGAGCCUUGAAUUCAGAAGAAAUUGCAAAAUGAAGAAGUCGCCAUUGCCGGUGCAAAACCUUAGCGGCGAAGAGAAGCAUCGGAAAUGUAGAAAAGAAGCUUUGGUUAAACUCUUGAGAUGGCAUUUCGGUCAUCCAGAUUUCAGAGGGAAACAGUUGGAAGCCAUUGAAGCCGUUUUAUCGGGAAGAGAUUGCUUUUGUCUAAUGCCGACCGGAGGAGGAAAAUCAAUGUGUUAUCAAAUCCCUGCGCUGGCUAAAACAGGAAUUGUGCUCGUCAUUUCUCCAUUAAUAGCCUUGAUGGAAAACCAAGUAAUGGCAUUGAAAGAGAAAGGAAUUGCAGCUGAAUUUCUCUCUUCAACUCAAACGUCACAGGUGAAGAAUAAGAUUCAUGAAGAUCUUGAUUCUGGACAACCAUCAUUACGCUUGCUUUAUGUGACACCAGAGUUGAUUGCCACUUCAGGGUUUAUGUCAAAGCUUACAAAGAUUCAUGGCAGAGGAUUGUUAAAUCUCAUUGCUGUAGAUGAGGCACAUUGCAUCUCAUCGUGGGGUCAUGAUUUCAGGCCUAGCUAUCGUAAGCUUUCAUCUUUGAGGAGCCAUCUACCAGAUGUACCAAUUUUGGCUUUGACUGCCACUGCUGUUCCUAAAGUACAGAAAGAUGUGAUAGAUUCCUUAAACUUGCAAAGUCCUUUAGUACUUAAAUCAUCUUUCAACCGUCCAAAUAUAUAUUAUGAAGUUCGGUAUAAAGAUCUUUUGGAUGAUUCUUAUGCUGACUUGUGUAAUGUACUCAAAUCUGCUGGAGAUGUCUGUGCAAUUGUUUACUGCCUUGAACGGACAACUUGUGAUGAUUUGUCUUCUCAUCUUUCUGGAAAUGGAAUUUCUUGUGCUGCCUAUCAUGCAGGGUUAAAUAAUAAAUUGCGGAGCUGUGUCUUAGAUGAUUGGAUUUCUUCCAAGAUACAGUGCUGUUCUUUCAGAAUGGGCAUAGACAGAAAGGAUGUGAGAAUGGUUUGCCAUUUUAAUAUCCCAAAGUCUAUGGAAGCCUUCUACCAAGAGUCAGGUAGAGCUGGUCGUGACCAAUUGCCUUCUAGAAGCUUGUUGUACUAUGGAAUGGAUGAUCGAAAAAGGAUGGAAUUUAUUCUUAGCAGUGCUGAGAGCAAGAAAUUGCAAUCAUCAAACUCACAACAAGGAUUGUCAAAGAAGUCAAUGUCUGAUUUUAAUCUGAUGGUUGAAUAUUGUGAGGGUUCUGGAUGCCGUAGGAAAAAGAUUCUUGAGAGCUUUGGGGAACAGGUAUCCGCAUUGCUAUGUAAAAAAUCAUGUGAUGCCUGCAAACAUCCAAACCUCAUCGCCAAGUAUCUGGAAGAGUUAACAACUGCUUGCACUGUUCACCAGAGAAAUGGUUUCUCAAGAAUCUUAAUGAGCAGCUCCACAGAUGCCAUUGAUACUGAGCAGUUGUCUGAAUUCUGGAAUCGUGAUGAUGCAGCAAGUGGCUCUGAAGAGGAUAUAUCCGAUUCUGAUGAUGGAUUUGAGGUUGCUAAGAGCAUAUCCAGAUCCAAAUUUUCGAAAAAAUCAGGGAUAAGUGAGAAGAUUGAGUUAUUGCAGCGUGCAGAAGAGAACUAUUAUCAGAAGAAAGCCCCUGAUAAACAGGCCAAUAAACCGGACAAAAAUGCCAUAUCUGAAAUGCUGAGAGAAUCAAGCAAGCAAAGAUUAGUAGGUGCCCUGAAGCAGGCCCAUCAGCGGCUUGGUGGCUUGAAGGUUGAUUUUGAAGCAUCAUCUACUUUCCUUGAAAAUGAGUGCUUUCAGAAAUAUGGGAAAAGCGGGAAGUCAUUUUAUUGUUCACAAGUGGCAAGUACUGUGAGAUGUCUAUCAACAACAACCUGUGCUGCUGAGAUAACAAAUAGGGUUGGUGUCAUUGCCACUUCUUCGGAGAACAUUGCACGUAAGGAAGAACCUCCUUUAGCAGCGUCAACCAUGUUUCAUCAGAGAGAAGAAACAAUUAUUGGUGAAGAAAAUUGCGGUAAAAUUGAGUCAGAGACUUCAGUAAGCGCUCAGCCUCCGCAAAGUGCAUCCCCAGGCACUAAGCUGCCACCAAUUCCAUCAUUCUCACAGUUUGUGAACAGCAGAAAGUCGAACGAGACUCAAACAAAUGCAUCGGAGGAGCAUUCACCCAAAAUUGAGAAAAAUAUGAAGAAGAGAAUGAGGUUACAGUAGGUCGAGUGUCCAAGACUUGGUGUUACAUUCAUUUCAUUUUGUUUGUUAGUUGACAAUUAUCAAGAGAUGCUUCUGACUUUUUUGGAAGGGCAGACCAUUACUUAAAA